GUCAGUUUAUCCAUUUAAGUGAAACUCUUAGCAAUUGUUUGAUUAGAUAAUUGACAUAACAUCAAUUAAAAUAAUGGAAGGUGGCGCGCCAUUUGACGAACAAUCUUUCAAUGAUUUCAAUAAUCAACCUUUACCUUCGCUAUCAUCGACUUUACUCAAUAAAAAUCAGGAUAAUCUGAACGUGCAUUCGAUUCAAGUUAUGCUGGGGCUGCAACAACAACAACACGACAUGUUCGGGACAAUUGGAUCUCCGAUGGAUUACAAAGAGACGACGAGGAAGCUGGAAGGAUCUCCAAUACAUCAUCAGGACUUGAAUGGGCUGUAUACGCAGGGUAUCGAGGGCCCCAACGGUGGUAAAAGGAAAAACGAAGAAGUGGUUUUAUUGCAAUCACAGAAUUUGAGUUCGAGUGAAAUUGGUAGUACGCAAAGUGCUGGUACUAAGAAGAACGAUAAGAAGAAGAAUGAGAGUGGAGUGAAGAAGAAAAAAACGAGAACAACCUUCACCGCAUUCCAGCUGGAAGAACUAGAAAGAGCGUUCGAGAGAGCACCAUACCCGGACGUGUUCGCGCGGGAAGAACUAGCCCUUAAAUUGAACCUCAGCGAAUCCCGCGUACAAGUUUGGUUUCAAAACAGACGAGCGAAAUGGCGCAAGCGCGAACCGCCCCGGAAAACCGGAUACAUCAGCUCGGCCUCGCCGAGCCCGAACAUCGCCACGAAUUUCAACAACACCAUACCAUUCACGCAAUCAAACACCUUAAACGCGUCGGCUCCGGCGGAUUCUUGGAGCUACCAGUCCUACGAAUUGAGCCCACAUUUGAAUCUCCUAAAUAGCACGUCGGGAUCUUAUUCUACGUACGGAUCGCCGGCUUCUUACUCGAGUUUCGGCUCGACGCAAAACAGCUACUCUUACAUGCUAAAUUCCCAUGAAAAUCAGUUAUUUAGCGCACCCAUACGAUCCCACGAAUAUGCCACGGCUUCGGUUAACAACCCGAGUCCGCCCCUGGGUAGGGAAUACUCGAUGCUGCAGACGCAUUCCCCCACUACCGACGAGAAUUCGAUUGGAGUUAAGAUAGAAUACGUCGAUCACACCGCUGCUUUGAACCAAUCGCCGGAUUGGUACGAGAACGGAUCGCCGAAGAACGACACGACUUAUCACGAUGAUGGACGAUUGAAAGAACUCAAAUCGGAUAACGGUAAUCAAACGUACGUGGCGCUGCCUCCUUUUCGGAAUUAGCAAAAAUUGUAAAUAGACAUUAUUUUUAGGUUAUAUUUGUUUUUUAUCUAGUGACAAAUGUGUUGGCGAGAGCAAUUUAGUCAAAAUUAUUUAUUUAUUGUGGGUGAUUUGAGAUGUGACGAAAAUUUUUCGUAAUCUUCGUUGAUUUUAUUAUGGGAAAUGGUAGUAUUGGUAGUAAUGAAGCAUAAUUUGGAAAGGGUGUAAAUUUUCGUCUUAGAUUGAUAGAAGAAGAAUAAAAGUUGUGGGGGGAUGAGAAAUAUACGAUUUAUGUUCGAUAAUUUCUAACAUAACCUAAAAAUUUUUGAAAAUAAUUCGGUUUUUCCUGGUAUUUAAUUUUUUUCUGGCCUAAAAAUACAUGGAUUUUUUUCAAAAUUGAUGGAAAGGUAGAGAUUUAAGUCCUUAAUAGAACCUCAUUUUUUAUUUUAGAAAAUACCAAGUGGUUUGAAAAAUAUAGCAAAUUUAAAAAAAAGAUGUUAUGGGGAAAUGGUAUUACGUAAAUUACGGUGAAAUGAGACAAUUUAUCGAAAAAUAUUGAUAAUAAAAGUUGUAGGGAAUUGAGAGAUCUACAAUUUACAUUCGUUAAUUUUUUUACAUAACCUCAAAAUUUCCGAAAAAAAUGCAAAUAAUCGAGUUUUUUGGACUUUUUAUUUUUUUUCUGGUACAAUAAUAUAUAGAUUUUUGUCAAAAUUAGUGAAAAGGUAGAGUUUUUUGUCCUUAAUGGAACACCAUUUUUUAUUUUGGAAUAUACCGAGUCAUUUGAAAAAUAUAGCAAAUUUUAAAAAAAGAUGUUAUGGGGAAAUGGUAUUACGUAAAUUACGGUGAAUCGAGACAAUUUAUCGAAAAAUCUUGAUAAUAAAAGUUGUAGGGAAUUGAAAAAUCUACAAUUUAUUCUAGUAUAUUUUUUUACAUAACCUCAAAACUUCCGAAAAAAAAUGCAAUUAAUCGAGUUUUUUGGUCUUUUUAUUUUUUCUCUGGUACAAUAAUGUAUAGAUUUUUGUAAAAAUUAGUGAAAAGGUAGAGUUUUUUGUCCUUAAUGGAACGCUAUUUUUUAUUUUUGAAAAUACCGAGUCGUUUGAAAAAUAUAGCAAAUUUUAAAAAAAAGAUUUUAUGGGGAAAUGGUAUUACGUAAAUUACGGUGAAAUGAGACAAUUUAUUGAAAAAUAUUGACAAUAAAAGUUGUAGGGACUUCCAAAAUCUACAAUUUAAAUUAGUUUGUUUCUUACAUAACCUCAAAAUUUCCGAGAAAAACGCAAAUAAUCGACUUUUUUGCACUGUUUAUUUUUUUUCUGGUACAAUAAUGUAUAGAUUUUUGUCAAAAUUAGUGAAAAGGUAGAGUUUUUUGUCCUUAAUGGAACACCAUUUUUUAUUUUGGAAUAUACCGAGUCAUUUGAAAAAUAUAGCAAAUUUUAAAAAAAGAUGUUAUGGGGAAAUGGUAUUACGUAAAUUACGGUGAAUCGAGACAAUUUAUCGAAAAAUCUUGAUAAUAAAAGUUGUAGGGAAUUGAAAAAUCUACAAUUUAUUCUAGUAUAUUUUUUUACAUAACCUCAAAACUUCCGAAAAAAAAUGCAAUUAAUCGAGUUUUUUGGUCUUUUUAUUUUUUCUCUGGUACAAUAAUGUAUAGAUUUUUGUAAAAAUUAGUGAAAAGGUAGAGUUUUUUGUCCUUAAUGGAACGCUAUUUUUUAUUUUUGAAAAUACCGAGUCGUUUGAAAAAUAUAGCAAAUUUUAAAAAAAAGAUUUUAUGGGGAAAUGGUAUUACGUAAAUUACGGUGAAAUGAGACAAUUUAUUGAAAAAUAUUGACAAUAAAAGUUGUAGGGACUUCCAAAAUCUACAAUUUAAAUUAGUUUGUUUCUUACAUAACCUCAAAAUUUCCGAGAAAAACGCAAAUAAUCGACUUUUUUGCACUGUUUAUUUUUUUUCUGGUACAAUAAUGUAUAGAUUUUUGUCAAAAUAAGUGAAAAGGUAGAGUUUUUUGUCCUUAAUGGAACACCAUUUUUUAUUUUGGAAUAUACCGAGUCGUUUGAAAAAUAUAGCAAAUUUAAAAAAAAAAGAUGUUAUGGGGAAAUGGAUUCACGCCAUUUACGGCAAAACGAGACUUCCCAUCAAAAAAAUGUUUAUAAAGAAGUUAUAGAGAAUCAGAAAAUCUACAAUUUACAUGAAUUAUUUUUUUUACAUAACCUCAAAAUUUUUUUAAAAACGCAAGUAAUUGUUUUAUUUUUGUUUCUUUUAAUUUUUUUCUGGUACAAUAAUAAAUCGAUUUUUUCCAAAAUUAGUGGAUAAUGGGAUUUUUUGUUCUAAAUCGAACUUUUCGAGCGAAAAUGUUAUGGGGAAAUAAAUUUGCGCGAUUUGCGGCAAAACGACAAUUCUUAUCAAAAAAAGGUUAACUGAAACUUGUAAACAAUCUACAACUUACUCCAGUUACACCCCAAAAUUUUCGAAAAAAAAAUUAUUGAAUGUUCUUCUCCUACAGUACUUCUUGUAGACACCCGGUACAUCGUCCAGACACAAAUUAAAUAUUAUCAAUGUACUUAAUUGAACAAAAAACUUUCAAUAUUGACAAAAUUGCGAAACAAAAUAUUUUGAAUCGCCCACAAUUAAUACAUAACCUGAAAAAUAGCCAUAAUACGUUAUUUUUUUAUGUACAUAACCUCAAUUAUCUCAAAAUCAAGAUUUAUAUUUUUUUGUGAACCCCAGUGCCAUAUAUAUACAUAAUUUUAAAUACAUUCGAUAUAAAAAAAUUAUUAUAAUACCGAAAUUGCCUUAGGAAUAGUGCCAUAUUUUUUUUACAAUUUUUGUAAUGUAAAAUGAAAAUAAAAUGUGAAAUAAAUAAAAUAUAAUCCUC